AUGAUACGUAAAUUUUCAUUGAAAUUUACGCUUCUCAUAAUUUUGGCAGUGAUUGUCGAAAUAAUACCUAUACAGUUGCAAAUAAAAAAUGGGGCGAAAUUUAAAAGGAGCAACGAAGAAGGAUCGCAGUUGAAUGAGUGUUUAAGUGUUUCUGAUCGUUCAGAAGUGGGUGUGUGCUUUGGCAAAGAACUACUGAACAAACUGAAUGAUUAUGAUGAAACUGAUUCGUUCAGUUUGGUUACCGGAGUGUCUUUUGUUCGAGACGAGAAACUGCCCAGAGACAUCGGUAAUUUUCUGGAUAAAGACCCUAUGGAUUUUCGGUCUAUAAUAGAGGAUGCCAGUAGCUUAAUUUCCAAGCGCUCAUUACAUUGGGAUCUUGGAAAGUUCUACCCAGGUCUGGUCAUGAGGAUCGGACCAACUCUCGCUAAUGGAAUCCUCGAAUUUGUGAUUGACCCUAGAGCUAAAGACAGAUCUUUUGUGCACGGCAAGAUGACUACGGGUCGCCUGUUAACCCGUAAUUUACUGUUACCAUUCCUUCUUGGUAUCAAGUUCCAUAUAACAACGUUAUUGCCCCUGUUACUUGGGCUGCUGCUGUUGGCAAGCAAGAAGGCUUUUUUGUUAGCAAAAUUGGCAGUUUUCGCUGUGACACUAUUUACUACUCGAGGGACAAGUUAUGGCGGGCAGAAUAUUUUUGAAAACUUCUUAAGCCCCAGUUCAUCUUAUCUUUCUUCUUCGCAUGAACACACUGGAUAUAAUCACGGCCACCAUGGCAAUUCUGGAGGUUACUAUCGUGAUCAAAAACAUUACAACUAUCACAGCGAUCACGGACACAAUGAUUAUAUUGAUCACGGUGAUCAUCACUAUUAUAAAGAAAAAUCAGACGAAGUACAAACAACGGCAUCGCCUAUAACCCCGGAUGAGUUAAGAGAUAGACUAGAAAGAUUAUUUAUCACCAACAAAGACCACGGAAACGAUCAAAGAGAUGACGGUAAGGUUAUAAACGCGAGGAACUACCAAUGGACACCGAUCAGCUCUGGAUGA